AUGUCAUUCAUCGGAUCAUCCGUGGGAGGAGCCAUCUUCUCAGCAACUGCAUAUCAUUUAUUUCGCACAAAGAUGGCUUCAGAUGUGUUAUUUGCUCAACAGUCGCUACUGAGUUCACAAACAGAACUGGAAUUGACCACACCAAAUCCAUCAUCCGCAUCAACCACGAAAUCGCUUCUCCAACAACGACCAGUGAAAACACCAAUCUCGAAAGCGUUUGAUAGGCUGACAGCCUUCAUAAAGACUCCGCCAAGUGACGUUACAAAACAUCGGUGGAAUGAAAUCAUUGAAAAAGUGAAUAGUCUGGUAACUGGCCGAUGGUAG